UUAAAUAAAACAUUUAAAUAAAACAGUAACUUCACUAUCUUUCGUUAAGGCAAAGAACUAAAACUUAAAGCCCACAACCAUGGAGUACACAGAGAAUGCUAAGAUGUUGAUGGGCUAUAUUAGUGAUGAAGAUAUUAAAGAAAGUAACAUAAUGAAUUAUGAGGGGAGUAAUCUGGACCUUACUAGUAGCAGCGAUGAAGAUGAAGAAACUUUACUUCUUGAUGAUCAAAGUUACCCUGAAACUAAACAAGAAAAAAUCAGCUGGCAGGAACAGAUUAGAAUGAUGCAGCUCCGCAGCCACAUAAACCAGCUGUUAGAUGAAGUCAAACAGGCUCAGUAUAUAGCUGAUAAAACCAGAGAAGAGUUAAAAAAAUGUAAAAUGCAAAUUAAACUCUUUGAGGGAGAGCGUGACAAGUUGUUUGAUGAAAUCAAAGCCAAAGAGGCAGAGAACAACAGAUCGGCCAUUGAUAGAUUAUGUGCCACCCACGAGCGUGUUUGUAAAGAAUUGGAAGCUGAGCAAAAAUUGGAAGCAGUAAUAACAGAAAAACUUGACCAGGCAGAGUAUGAUUUGGCUCGUGCGGAGUUGGAACGGGGAAAAUUCAUCCUAGCUGAAGAUGACCUGCUUCAAAGGGAACUCAAAUUAAGCCAGGACAAAGCAGAGAUGGCUAUGGUUAGACAACAGAAAGAAGAAAUAUUCACCAAGCAAGCAUUGACAACAAAGCAAAAAGAAAACAAGUUAAAGAAACAGGCAAUGUUAGAAGCUGACAGGAGACAUAAACAUGCUGUUGAAGAGGCUGAAAAGAGUCAUGAAAGAGCCAACAAGUAUUUGAGUAAGACAAUGGCCAAACUCAAAAAGCGACAAGAAGAAGAAGCUGAAAGAUAUAAAACUGAUAUGACAAGAAAAAUGGAAAUGUUACUGAAACUGAGAGAAGAUAUUGCAAAUAAUAAGGAAAACUUACGAGCCAUCAAAGCGAAAGAUCAAGCCUGGGAGAAUAAAAAAAAAGCUGCUGAAGAAUUGGAAAGGGAAAAAAUCUUAGUUGAAGGUGGCAACCCGGAUCAUUCAUUAUUAGUCAAAAAGAGAAAAAAUGAAAUGGAGAAAAUGAAACAACAAUUUGAGGCAGAUCAGCAACUGAAAAGAGUUCAGAUUGUUCAGAAAAUUGUAAGAGAAGAAGAAAAUCUUAAAAAGAAGAAAAAAUUGCAACCUUAUUUAUGGGAAUGGCCAGACAGAGAAAAAAGCUUGAGAGUUCCUCCAAGAAAAGCCAAAAUUCCUAAAAUGCUACAAGAUUACAUAGCUGCUGAUGAUGAGAUAAGUCCUUCCAAAGAAAAUGUAACUGUACAAAAGGAGCUGACAAAGAAGAUUUUAGAAGUUCAAACUGUUAGAUCCUCAAGUUUCUCAGACAACGAUCCACCUGCUUUGGAAUAUCCAUCUACAGGAUUAGUUCCGAAGAUCAACAAGAAUCAGCCUCUUCCAGAUAUAGUAGCUGUAGAUGAGCCAGAUAAUAAUGAAAAUAACUUUAAUAGGUCAGCAGACGUUGAGGAUGAUUUAACAGUGGUGCCUUCAUUUGAUAAACCUGAUGAAGACUAUACUUUUACAGAGGAAGAAGAGAAUGAAGAAAUAUGGGAGGAACAACUUGAGAAUAUAUCUGGUGAAGAACAAGUAGAGGAUACUCACUCGAUAGUCAGUCAAGAAGAAAAUACAGUCAAGUCAGAUUCAGAACCAGAAGAAGAGCCUCAAGUAGACUUAGCUAAACCAGAAUUUGAAGGACUUUGGAACAAACAGACCAAACCAAUUAAGGUUUCUAAAACAAUUGAACAGCCAGCACAAGUUGGCCAUCAAGGCAUGAGUAAGAUGGAGGAGGAAAUAUUGAAAAAAACUUUGGAGAAAACAAGAAAUGGAAUAGUGACCACCCAAAUAGCUGCAGGCAAAGAGUUUAAAGGGCCACCAUUCUACAGCAAACCAGAUGUCAUUCAUUUCAAGGAUUUUGAAGUUGGUAAAACAUACAAGAAGAAAAUCAAGAUCACUAAUGUGUCCUACACUUUGAACUACAUCAAGUUUGUUGACAUUUCUGAUAAACUCAAAGACUUUAUCAAGAUUCAAUUUGAUCCACCUGGGCAUAUGUCAGCUGGUUUGACUUGUGAUUUAUUAGUGACAUUCAAACCUAUGAUUAAUGAAGAUCUGACUGGAAAAGUGAAUUUUCUGACACAAACAGGACCUUUUGAAAUACCAUUGAUCUGUAGUACUAAGAAAUGCAAACUGUCUGUUGAUUCAGAGACUAUCGAUUUUGGUACACAUGUCAUAGGAGAGACACUGAGGCGAACAGUUACUUUGACAAACAAUGGGGCUCUAGGAACAAAUUUUGAAUUUUUCAAAGUCUCUCUCCAACCAGUGACUCUAAGCCAGGACCAAUCAAAGAUGUCUUCUCAAAUUGUAUUAGUGAGAUCCUCCACUGGAGAAAUAGAAGAGUUACCAGUUGCAGAGAUAGAAAAGAAAAGCUCUGAGUUCCCACAGCUAGUUUCUACAUCAGAAACAACAGAUAUAGUUGCUGAAAAAGUCUCUGAAUUAAGUGUCUCAGUAAUCAAUCAACCAAAUUUGAUAAGUCCAGCUCAGCUUUCAGCUCAAAGACUAUCAACCUCACAAAUUACUGUUCAGAAUCCUGAUUCCAUGACAGUCAGUACAAAUAACUUAGAGCUUUCUGAAGGGAAGUCUUUAACUCAGCCUGUCAUAUCAGCAAGUGGACAGCCUCAAGCUAACACUGUCCCUGAAGAGACCAAGUCAGCGGACAAUGUCGUCUCUGGCAAUGUAGCCAAUGAGAAUAAUGAGACCAACACUGAAGCCAACAACACAAAAAUUGGGACACCGUUUAAAAAGGGUCUUUCAUUUCAAGAUACUGCCAUGGAAGUGUCACAAGAAAUGGAUGAGUUAAAUGUCUUUGAAGAAAUGAUGGUUGGUAAUGUUAGCUGUCCAGAGUUAGGCCCUUUUUCCUCUGUCCAGCUGGAAAUUAUUUGGAAACCCACAAUACCUGGAGAUGUGAAGGUGGACUUUGAAAUAAAGUUUUCUGACCCACUGAGUAAACCUCUGAGAGUUGUAGCCCUUGGAUCAGCUAUUGACGUACCAGUUUGGGUGGAAAGGUCAUGUGUCGAUCUACAAACAUGUAUUUUGGAUCGCCUAUAUCAGGACACUGUUAUUAUUUAUAACAGGGCAAGUACAGCACUUCGUUUAAAAUUUGAGGUGGCCCCAGAGAUCAAAGACCAUAUGGAGAUUUUACCAAAAACUGGCUAUAUUCAAGCUCAGUCCCAGUUCUCUGCACAACUGAAGUUUUUGCCGAGAAAAAGUAUAUAUCAAGAUGCACCUGCUUUUAUAGAUAAAGAUAUUGGUGUACUGGAAGCCCCAGUUACCAUAAGAGUCACUGAUCAGACAACACCUGUGACAUUUACUGUACAAGCAGUGGUGACUAAUUCAGACAUUGAGAUAAGUGAAUCAAACAUUGACUUUGGCUUCUGCACAAUUCAUGAGUCAGUUGUCAAAAGAGUUGAGCUCACCAACAAAUCCAUUCUUCCUCAGCAACUGGGAUUUGUCAGCCUGCCUGAGUGGAUUGAAGUUCAACCCAAUGAUGGCUUUGUAACUCUUUUGCCUUUAGAAAAACUAACUGUAGACAUAAUAUUUAGUCCAAAGAAAGCAGAAGAAUUCAAGUUUCAACUGAUUUGUCGUUCAUUAAUAAAUAGAGAUUUUAAAAUAUCCUGUAUUGGUGUUGGUGUGCACACACCUCUUGAACUGUCCAAACAAGUGAUUCACUUUGGGGCCACAUCAUUAUUUGACAAGGCUUCUACCUAUCUACAUGUUAUCAAUAAUCACAUUAGCGCCAAUGAGUUUGCUAAUCCAGUGCCUAGAAUAGGAAAAGGGAAAAUCUGUCCAGUUGGCCCAACAUCUUUUCAGUUUAUUGUUCCCAGUGAUGCUCCAAUUACAAUUUCACCAACAGUUGGGACUGUCCUUCCUGGAAAGAAGUGUAAAAUAAAUGUCCAGUUUAAGCCAGCACUGAGUGAUAAAGAGAUCAAAGAGGAAGCCAAUAACAUAGCAGAGAGAGAAAAAGAAAAAUUAAAGCAAGCAGAAUCACUUGCUAAGCUGGCUGUUGAGCCCACCAUUUCUGAAAGUAAAACAAAACUUGAAAGCAAACGAAAAGACAAGAUUGCCAAAGCCAGAGAUAAAACUAUGCAAGAUGCUUCAGAUAGUGUUCUCAAAGUUAUCAGUAACAAAGCUGCUAAUAAAGGUAAAACGGACAAAAAUGCUCAAGCUAUUGAGGCAGAUCUGCAGAACUUUGAACCUAAGUUGGACUUUUUUCAAGACAUAGACCUAAGUGCUGACGAACUAAUACCAGGCAACACUGGAUCAAAACAAACAUUUUUUAUUAGAAAUGAAACUUCCCAUUUGAAAACAUUUUCAAGUAACCAUAAGCAAAAAACAAUUGUGGAUCAACUAAAUGUGAAUUUGAAUGCUCCCUUCAUUAAUGAGGGCAAAAGGGGGCAGUCACUGCAGAACUUGGAAGAAAAGAAAGAUAGCAAAGUUGAUCAAGGUGCUGAGAAAGAAAGCAAAAUUGAUCAAGGUCCUGAGAAAGAAAGCAAGCUUGAACAAGGUGCUGCAUCCAGAGAUCAUAUUGAAGGUGGAACAGAGUUUGAAUGGGAGACUGAAAACCUAAGUGCUAAAACUCCAGGCAAGUCAUCUUCCAAUGUGGCAAGCCAGACCAAAUUGAAAAUGUCAUCAACUAGCGUCUCUGUUAUUCCAGAGUCUAUCAAAGAAAAAAUUGAACCUGAAGAAAUAAAUGCAAAAUCACCUGAAUAUCUGGCAGCCACUUCAGCUUUAAUACGCCAAUUUAAAGGAAGAUUUCAGAGCUUCACUAUUCCCUGUUACGUAGCUUCUGGUGCGACAAGUGUGCCUGGUGGACUUGAUUACAGUGUACAUAAUACGCUCUAUCUUGAGGUUCACUGUCCAGCUGUAAAACCUUCUCUAGUCGUUAUCUCAGAUGGUGGUAAACAAACUCUCGAUUUUGGAAAUGUAUCCAUUGGGCAGACCAGCCAGAAAUCAAUAACUAUACAAAAUAUCACAGAUAAAUAUGUGGAGCUUAAACCUUCAUUAGUUAAUCCAGCAGGACCAUUCCAGAUGUUGAAUGCAUUGAGACCUUUGGCGCCAGGUGCAACACACACAAUUCUUAUGACCUUCGCCCCUGAAAAAAGUCAGAUUUUCCAAGAAAAAUUAUUCAUCAAGUCACUUAAUUCUACCCUGCACCUGACCUUGAAAGGUUAUGGUGUGAGUCCUCUAGUGAACCUCAGUUUCACAGAAAGCGUAUUUGACAUGGGAGCAGUUCUGAGUGGAGAAUAUGUUGAAAAAGUUUUUACAAUUGAAAACACAUCAAUACUCUGUAUCAAUUAUAUUAUCAAGCAAGAAAGUCUGUCACCAGAUCGUUACAAUGCCCAGAAUUUAGAAUUCCUAAACUAUCAAGAAGGAGCAAUAAAAAAUAAACAUUGUGUUGGCACUCAGAAUUAUAAUGGUAAAAAUGUCUUUGACAUAGUACCAAUGAGAGGCUCUAUCCCUGGAGGUGCAAGUCAAGAAAUUACAGUUACCUUUGCCCCAGACCAUGAGAGUGAUCUUUAUUUUGAUGGAGUUAGAGUUGAACUCUUUGAUGAGGAAGGUAGCCAUUUCUUCAGACUUGUAGGACAAGGUAAAACCAAAAUGAUGUAUAUUGAAGGUUAUGAUCAGUUGCUUCCAAGUCAAGAAUCUUUGGCACUAUCACCUUAUUAUCUUGAGGAUGAAGAGCAAGAUGAAUCAGAAAUUCCAAUAACAACAAAAAAGCGUAAAGAUGGUAAGCUGAAUGUGCCAGCCUCCCCCCCUGCUCUCAUUACUAUCAAAAGUCUGAUGCUGAAUGAUACAAUACAACCAGGCUCAAGGACACUCUAUGUAGGAUGUGUCAGGACUAUGGCUGUUAGCCAGAAAAAGAAUGGAGAGUUCUCAAUUGAAGGACUUCAAAAUCUCAUUCAAAAAGGAUUUACAGUAGAACCUCAAAAGGGUAUGAUUGAAGCUGGAGUCAAAAAACCUGUUAAUUUUACAUGGACACCCCCUGCUAAUCAUGAUCCUAAUGUACUUGUUGAAGAAACAGCCACAAUAACCCUGAAAUGUGAUGGCUCAGAGCAGAUAACUCUAAUGAUUCAAGCCAUGGUUGUCACUGGAUAAAAUGUCUAGUCCAAAGCAAGUAACGUUACAGGCACCUGAAAAAUUGCUGGAAAAAAAAAGAAAGAUCAUUUGACAUGUAAAAUUACCGGGCUUCUCUUUGAGUUCUAACCUAACACUUAUUUUUCUCUCAAUAGAUGAGAAAAGGAAAUAUACCUAUAUAAUGUUCAAAUGUUUUCAUUUGUUAAAAAAUUUUAUGAAUGAGAUCUCCAAAUAUAUUUUAAAGUAAAAUAUAUUUCUGCAAACAGUAUAAAAUAAUAAUAAUAAGAUAUUUGUAUCUACAUGUUAUUGUUUAUUCAUUCAUAUUGUAUGUCUAUAUUUGUAUUACGAUUACAUAUUUAA